UGUCGACAUACCGGCAAUAGGGGGCGUUUACUUUUUUUUAGAACUGGCAAUAUGCAGCCCCUAAACAAAACAAGCAAUAAAAUCAAAACAAGGCUUAGGACGAGAUGAGACGAAGGCGAAGGGUUAUUUCGGCUUCUGAGAAGUUAUAUUCAACGUUGAAAAUGCGUUUCCGAACAGAAAUUUUCAAAGAAAGGAUUUCUUUAGAAAGUGGCGAAAAGCAGCAGCUGCUUGAAAGCAAAGGCGAUAUAUCGAAAAAUCAAAAAAAGGAAUCCCGUUUUUGUUGUUCAAUAAUGACACCAAUACUAGUGUGGAUAGCAAUAUUUGGUGUUUUUUCAACCGCCCUCCUUAGGUCAGCCAUUCCCAUAUACCUUAAUGUGGCAGAUGAGAAGUUUCUGGAAAUCAAAAAAUGUCCUGCAUGCUUUGGAGUUCAGCUGUGUCCCGCUUUCCUUACUGGUGAUAUUGUGCCAGAGACGUGGUCAAGAUACAAAGCAACUCAGUUACUCAAUAAAAGAAAUGUUUAUUUUGCCACUUUCAAGGAUAAACAUGUUGUGCUAAAAAAGCUAGGCCAUAAUGCAAAACUUGAACAGCUUGAUCGUCAUAUACUAGAGCAAUCAGUAGGACUCCUCAGAAGACCAAUUGAGCAGCUGAGCGUGUCGACAGCUGUUCGUCCGUACACGCAUCAGAAUGUGUGGGUAGACCGGGUAAAGGAUUUGCAAGGAAAUUGCAGUACGCUUGUUCAUCGUUUACGCAACUUUGACCCUGCAUCUCAUGAUCUAAGGAGUAAUGCGCUAGAGGGAUCCGCCGAUCUGUUCCAAGGAAGUGACUUGUUAAUUUGCCCUUCACAACGCAAGCUGAGUUAUAUUGAAAAUGAAUUCGUAAAGAAUAAUUUUGGACUUUACCGCUUAACUUGUCUGUAUAAUUUGAUGACCUUACUACUACUCAAUUCAGAGCCCUUAAUUUUUCAGUCUUUUCCGGCCAACAAAGGAUGGCCUUUUCCUGUCUACUACGGGGCGUGCGGUCGAGUGAUAGUAGAAGAAUAUGUCGGACCAAACCUAGCACAGUGGCUACCUGACGCCUCUUUGACUGAACGCAUUGAUGCGGCUCUGCAGAUGUUAAAAAUUGCUGACAAAUUCACGAACGGGACUGCUGGUUUCAGACUGUAUGUCACUGAUUUAAGUCUCUAUAAUAUAGCCGUUAGUUUGGAUGGAAUACUGAAGAUCGUGGACGGUGAAAAUAUAGUAGUCGUCGAUUUAGAAAAAAUCGAAAAUGAUCGGCCAAACAAUUUUGACGUUCCUUAUGCGAGUGAUAAUGCCGGUUGUGAACAUUUACCUUCCGAUCCCCACUGCGUGAGCUAUAGUGAGCAAGAUAUGUGUUAUCGUCUCUAUAACGACCACAACUACUUUGCCGUGUGCCGAGAACUGUUUUCACCCCUGGAUAGCUUUGGAUUGAUGAACGGUUUACCCGAUUACAUCCUAGAACGUUUCCCGCUUAUUCACAAGUAUCAGUCCGACUGCUAUUCAUCUUCAACUCCUGGAGCACGAGAGGAGGCGGCUAAGAAUCUUAUCUCAAUCUACGGAGAGAUGGUUUCAACCGUCUAGUUUUUGCAGAUAAGUGAUCUCGAAUUUUUACCUCAAUGACUUCCUAGUUCUUUCCUGUCGUAAAAAUCACAACGUUACAUCAAGUGUUGCUUGUGAAUCUCAUUUGGUUUUCAUUUUGCCAUAUGUUCCGUAAUGGAAAGGCUUGACAACAUGAAAAAUAUACGUAUAAUACAAAAUACCCGUACACAGA